AUGGCAAAGGUUUCCAGCAAGAAGACUUCGGUCAAGAAGACUGAGUCUAAAAUCCCCAAGUCUAUCCCCCCUCAGCUGAUCGCUUCGGUCGCGGCUUUCUUGUCGGACAACUUCCCCGAGACCAGCACCGCUUUCACCAAGGAAGCGGCAAAGUCGGGCAAGAAAAGCGAUGCGAAGAAUGUGCCCUCUCUCUUGGAACUCUUCCAAGCCUCGGAGCAGGGAUCUAGUGUGAAGAAGGCUGUUAGCCCCAGCAGCUCCGAUAACGACUCGGAUGUUGAGAUGGGCGAGGCCACUCGCUCGUCCUCUCCGUCCUCUUCGUCUUCCUCUUCCAGCUCCGACAGCGAUGCGGAUGAUGAAGAUGAUGAUAAGUCUCCUGCGGCCCCCGCUCCGGUUCAGAAGUCUGCCGGUGUGAAGCGCAAGGCUGAGUCUAGCAGCGAGUCUAGCAGCUCUUCCGACUCUGACUCCUCCUCUUCCUCCGAAGAUGACAGCCCUAAGGCCAAGAAAGCCAAGACCGCUCCCACCCCCAAGGAGGCUUCCUCCUCUUCCUCCUCAUCCGACUCUUCGUCCUCUUCUUCGGAUUCUUCCAGCUCUGACUCCGAUUCCUCGUCGAGCUCUUCUUCAUCCGAUUCUUCGUCUGAUUCCUCCUCUGAUUCUUCUUCUGACUCUUCUUCCGACUCCUCUUCUGAUUCUUCCUCUUCCUCCGACUCUUCUUCCGAGUCUGAGUCCGAGUCUGAGAAGGAAUCCAAGAAGGCCCUGAAGGUCGCAAAGAAGACUCCUCUCCCUGAGUCCGACUCAUCUUCCGACUCGGAAUCUUCAUCAUCCGGAAGCAACACCGUUCCCCCUUCCCCGGAGACCGAGACCAAGCCUGUCGAGAAGGCCGUAGAGGCCGUGCAAACCACCUCCUCUAGCGCCAGUCCCGCUCCUGGAAAUGGACCUGUCAAGAAGAAGCACACCGGAGCUCGUCCCACCCCUCUCGCCCUCCUGAGUGAGUUGCCCCACAACCACCCCUCCAACGACUACAUGUCGUACGCCUACGCAGACCGCGCCUGGAAGGACCUGUCUGUGACUCGCGGAAAGGGAUUCACCAAGGAAAAGAACAAGAAGAAGCGUGGCUCUUACCGCGGCGGUCCCAUCGACAUUGCCCCCGGCACCACCUCUUUCAAGUUCGAGGAUUAA